AGAUAUUUUCAUAUCCUUCGUCCCCUUAUAAAGUGGACUUGGGAGCUGCAAAAUAUAUCCGAUUAGAGCUAAUAGCUCACUGAAAAGAAAUAGCUUAGCUAUAUAGUGAAAGAUGGUUUUGCUGGAGAAGCUUUGGGACGACGUGGUCGCCGGACCUCAGCCGGAUCGCGGUCUCGGCAAGCUCAGGAAACCCACCCUUGUCAUCAAAGAUGUGACAGAUAUAGGAGAGAGCAGUGGGAAAUCCGUUGCUAUGCCAGCGAGCCCUGGGACACCAGCAACUCCCACAACACCGGGAUCGGCUCGCAAGGAGAACGUGUGGAGGAGCGUGUUCCACCCGGGGAGCAACCUCGCCACGAAGACCAUCGGGAACCACUACUUCGAUAAGCCCCAGCCCAACUCUCCCACGGUCUAUGACUGGCUAUACAGCGAUGAGACGAGAAGCAAGCAUCGCUGAACGGUGAACCUGGUCCUGAUCAGUUCGAUCCAUUGUAAAUAGAGCUCGUGUUUCUUUCAGGGUUAUCCGUGUUCUUGCCUUUUCAGUGUUCAUGUCUUAAUGCUACGUUCUACUGCGCGGGUUAAGUCGGAAAUUCGGUUUUAGUAUGGGACGACAAUAAGUGGUCCAAUCUCAACGCAUGAUGCUAAGAGACUUUUUUGGCAGUUCGUCCGGUGGCAUAUAAUUCCGGCACUGCAGAAGCAUGUAUAGGCAUAGCCGAGUUUUCUCCCUACGUAUUUUGAGCGAUUUGGGUAAUCUCAUCAAGAAACCUUUGAAUUGUAUGUACUUCAAUAAAUACAGAAGGUAUAUAUAAUCUUUUCCCUUGGUAUUGUUCA